AGGCAUGGCGAGAACCAAACACCUUGCUAAACGAACUCGCACCAAACCUUCUGCUGCGGCUGCACCUGCACCUGCAGCGACUCCAUCGACUCCUGCAAGAAGAAGCCCAAGGAGUAAGCCGGCAACUUCGGUGCAGAAGUCAAAACAGAAGAAGCGUUACAGGCCAGGGACAGUGGCGCUUCGAGAGAUCAGGCACUUUCAGAAGACAUGGAAUCUUGUUAUUCCAGCGGCGCCUUUUAUCAGACUGGUUAGAGAAAUUAGUCACUUUUUUGCACCUGGAGUAACUCGCUGGCAAGCUGAGGCUUUAAUAGCUAUUCAGGAGGCUGCAGAAGAUUUUCUAGUUCAUUUGUUUGAAGAUGCAAUGCUGUGUGCUAUUCAUGCGAAACGUGUGACACUUAUGAAAAAGGAUUUUGAGCUGGCUCGACGUCUUGGAGGAAAAGGACAGCCUUGGUGAAGAUCACAUACCAUCCUACCUCAAGUAGAUAAUCCCACAGCUUCAGUUCAAAGAAUCAGCCUACACUGGAGUUUAUAAAGUUCAUUUAUCAGUACUUGUAGAUUGUUAUUUUGACCAUUACCUGUUGUAAUUGAAUGAGCUAAUUAUAGUACAUGAUCUUCAAGUUCCAAAUACUGUAGUAGCAAUUCUUAUAGCCACAGUUUGACUUAGUUGGAUGAUAUUCCAUGUGAUUAUAGUGGACCAGCUACCUAUAUGACAUUCAGAAAGUACUUUGUUUGCAGACACACAUCCUUUAGUAGGUAUUUUGUGUCGAAGGAAUGAAAAACAAUACUGGUCUUUACAGUA